AUGGUCCGAGGAGCAGCAAAGCAGCAAGCCAGGGAAAAGAAUCAAAAACUCGCCGCCUCAAAAGCCGGCGGCGUCUCGCAGCUCAAAGCCCGGGCGGCGGGGUUGCCGAUUGUGUGUCCUAGUUGUAAGGGUCCCAUGGCGGGCUACAAGAUAUUAGUCCAGCACAUGGAAUCGAAGCAUCCGGGGGCGGCGGUGCCUGAUGAGGCGUCGUUUAAGUAG